AUGAAAAAAAAGCAUGAUGCCAUUGUUUGCGAGCCUAAAGAAGUUCUGAAUCCCUUUCUGAAAGUAACAAAUUGUUGCAGAUCGCUGUGGGUGCAACACAGUUUUCAGAAGUCAUACAUGACCCGACUUGUCAGCUCCCCGGCAGUUUCAGCCAUGUCAACAGACCCAGAUCACAAUCCACCUACUCAGCCCAAGGAGAAUAAUAAUGGCCAGAACCAUCACCAGGAGGAAAUAAUCCACAAGUUAGCCACGCAGCUGAGAAGCGUUGGAGAUAGCAUCGAUCAUAGGAUGGUACAAGAGGAUCUUCAACAGGAAGUCAGAGAUGCACUGGCUCAUUUUGCCUUACUUUUCUUUGGAGGAAUGGAUGCCUUGCUGCGCUUUCUCUGGAAUAACCAUUUGAUGUAA